AUGCUGGGGAAAGGGGACCUUAGAGACUGUGGGCCUGGAAAUAAAACUCUCUUGACUGACACCCCACUGUUCCCCAGCCUGCACCUGUCUCACCUCUGCAAGGUUCAGGUUCCUAGUGGCCCCUCCCAGGGUCCCUGCCCUUCCUCCCUGGGACUCCGUGGAGCUAAAAGGUCCAGGAAUCCCCACCAGAGGGAGGCUCAGGGGGGCGGGCUGGGGCCAGGGAGGAUGUGCAGGGGUGAGGAUGGUGUCAGGGCCACGCCAUUUGGUAGUGGGUGCUGGGCAGAGAGGAGCUGGACUUGGGGAACUGAUCUGAAAGGGACUGGGAAUAGGGCUGGAUAUUUGGUAUUAAAAAAGGUCUCCGAGAACGAGCGGUCUGUCUGA